UCUCUCUCUCUCUCUCUCUGUUUAUAACUCUUAUUUUCUGUCUUACGGUCUCUCUUUUUCCCUCUCCCAUGACAUGAUUGAAAUCCAGAAACAGUCCGGCUGAAAUAUACUUGGUGUAUGUUGGUGAUCAAAAAAGACUUAUUUUUGGAUGUUCCAUUAAUUUCUUCAUGAACAGUCACCAGUACCAAAACUAGUUUCAAUUUGUCUCUUCAUCACAUCACUCACACCCCAGAUCUAUCUUAGAUCUAAAGUUCAUCAUCUCCUUUAGUCUUUCCCUUUUUAGUUCUUUCCUAACUUCUAAGCACUUGUCUCUCAGUCUAACCUUCAUACACAAAACCUAGCUACCUAAAAAAAAAAAACAGAAAACCCCUUUGACCCAAAAAACUAGAAAGAAGAGACCCAAAUCUCAGUAGCUAGCUAGCUACCACUUCCAAGAUCCAAGAAAACGAACUAAAACCCACUAAAAUUCCUCCAUACCCUAUGGAUUCACUUCACGAAUUUGACACCUCAAACGGAGAUAGCGCAAGCAUCAACUUCAGCACCAAUACCAUCACAACUACUCACCACCAUCAUCACCAAAACAUAAACACAAGCAUGAACAUCUCACCAUUAACAAACGUAGGUGGAGGAAUGGCAUCAUCCUCAUCUCCACCAGCAUCUUCAUCUCCUGCUACUUUAAGCCGCUAUGAGAACCAGAAGCGCCGUGACUGGAACACUUUCGGACAGUACCUGCGGAACCACCGUCCACCACUGUCACUCUCACGCUGUAGCGGAGCUCAUGUGCUUGAAUUCCUGAGGUACUUAGACCAGUUCGGGAAGACCAAAGUCCACACUCAGCUGUGUCCCUUCUUUGGACACCCAAACCCACCAGCUCCAUGUCCAUGUCCACUCCGUCAAGCUUGGGGAUCACUCGAUGCCCUCAUCGGCCGACUUCGUGCGGCUUUCGAAGAACACGGAGGGAAGCCAGAAGCGAACCCUUUUGGAGCUCGAGCAGUGAGGCUGUAUCUACGUGAGGUUCGUGAUUCACAGGCUAAAGCAAGAGGGAUUAGCUACGAGAAGAAGAAGCGGAAGCGCCCACCUCAGCACCCACCUAAUAAUGCAGUGCCACCGCCUCCAAAUGCGAGUUCUCACUAGUCUCAGUAAGAUCAAAAUCAUUUCAUCAUCAUCAUCAUCAUCAUCAUCAUCAUCUAAAAGCUCUCACUGCAUGAGAACUCACCAUGUUGCUUAAUUGCCUGGGAAACUAAGAAAUAGGAAAUGAGAAAUCUCUCUUUCUCAUUAUCUCCUAGUACUCUAUCGUAAUGUUCCACCACUUUGCAUUAGUUUUUUUUUUUUUUCAAUAAGUAUUUUUACUUUCUUUUUUCUCUUACUACUAGUAUUAUUGCAUCCUUAUGUAGUAAGAGUUUCUUUAUGUUGCUGUUGCUUUUUUUUCAGAAACUAUGCUUAAAAUUAGUGGGUAUGAACUAUUGGGUACUCUUUUUAUUCUA